GCUCGCUCGGGCUCGGGCUCCGGCGCCGGCUCCGGCUCCUCCCGGCCGCCCCGGGCCAAGGCGACGUGAGGUUGUAAAAUCCAUGUGGGACGGCCCCGGGGCGAGCAUCGGAAAGAUCUCUGGAGUUAUUUUCUGGUAUAGACUGUGAAAAGAAUGCAGUGAAUAUUCUGGACAACUGUGGAAAUAUUAGCUUCAAUCCCAACUUAGUAUAGCAUUUCGUCUCUUCAGUAACCUCACAAUAGAAGAAAAAUGUAUGGGAGUGCAAGAACAAUCACCAAUCUGGAAGGCAGCCCUUCCAGAUCACCUCGUUUGCCAAGAUCUCCUCGUUUGGGCCACCGAAGAACAAGUAGUGGGGGAGGUGGAGGAACAGGCAAGACUCUGUCUAUGGAGAAUAUCCAGUCCCUUAAUGCAGCGUACGCUACGUCUGGACCCAUGUAUCUGAGUGAUCAUGAAGGGGUGGCUUCAACAACUUACCCAAAGGGCACCAUGACUCUGGGAAGGGCCACAAAUCGAGCCGUAUAUGGAGGCCGAGUCACAGCCAUGGGGAGUAGUCCCAAUAUCGCUUCUGCUGGACUUUCUCACACAGAUGUUCUUUCAUACACAGAUCAACAUGGCCUGACCAGCUCAUCCCAUCAUCACCACCACCAGGUCCCCUCCAUGUUGAGGCAGGUAAGAGAUAGCACAAUGUUAGACCUUCAAGCCCAGCUCAAGGAACUCCAGAGAGAGAAUGACCUGCUCCGGAAAGAGCUAGACAUAAAAGAUAGCAAGUUGGGAUCUUCCAUGAACAGUAUCAAGACUUUCUGGAGUCCCGAGCUUAAGAAGGAGAGAGUCUUGAGGAAAGAAGAGGCAGCACGGAUGUCUGUUCUCAAGGAGCAGAUGAGGGUUUCCCAUGAAGAAAAUCAGCACCUGCAGUUGACAAUCCAGGCCCUUCAGGAUGAGCUGCGAACCCAGAGAGACCUCAACCACCUUCUGCAGCAAGAAAGUGGCAACCGAGGAGCUGAACACUUCACCAUUGAGCUGACCGAGGAGAACUUCCGGCGGCUCCAAGCUGAGCACGACAGACAGGCUAAGGAGCUGUUUCUUUUGAGGAAGACAUUGGAGGAAAUGGAGCUGAGAAUUGAAACACAGAAACAGACCCUCAAUGCCCGAGACGAGUCAAUUAAAAAGCUUCUUGAGAUGUUGCAGAGUAAAGGCUUGCCAUCCAAAAGCCUGGAGGAUGACAAUGAGCGGACACGGCGGAUGGCAGAGGCUGAGUCUCAGGUCAGCCACUUGGAAGUGAUUUUAGACCAGAAAGAAAAGGAAAACAUACAUCUUAGAGAGGAAUUGCACCGAAGAAGCCAACUUCAGCCGGAGCCAGCCAAGACGAAGGCUCUCCAGACUGUCAUUGAAAUGAAGGACACAAAAAUCGCUUCAUUAGAACGAAACAUAAGGGAUCUUGAGGAUGAGAUCCAGAUGCUAAAAGCCAAUGGUGUGCUGAACACUGAGGACCGCGAAGAAGAGAUCAAACAGAUCGAGGUUUACAAAAGUCACUCCAAGUUUAUGAAGACCAAGAUUGAUCAACUGAAGCAGGAACUUUCAAAGAAGGAGUCAGAACUUCUUGCCUUACAAACAAAGCUUGAAACUCUUAGCAAUCAAAAUUCAGAUUGCAAGCAACACAUUGAAGUGCUUAAAGAGUCACUUACUGCCAAAGAACAGAGGGCUGCCAUCCUACAGACUGAGGUAGAUGCACUGAGAUUGCGACUAGAAGAGAAAGAAUCUUUUCUCAACAAAAAAACAAAACAGCUGCAAGACCUCACAGAAGAGAAAGGGACACUGGCUGGAGAGAUUCGUGACAUGAAAGACAUGCUAGAAGUGAAGGAAAGAAAAAUCAAUGUUCUUCAGAAAAAGAUUGAAAACUUGCAAGAACAACUUAGGGAUAAAGACAAGCAACUAACCAAUCUGAAAGACAGAGUGAAGUCCUUGCAGACGGAUUCCAGUAAUACGGAUACUGCUCUGGCAACGUUAGAGGAAGCUCUGUCAGAGAAGGAGAGAAUAAUUGAGCGCUUGAAAGAACAGCGGGAGAGAGAUGAUCGGGAAAGGCUAGAAGAGAUAGAAUCCUUCCGAAAAGAGAACAAAGACCUGAAAGAGAAGGUCAAUGCUUUACAAGCAGAACUGACUGAGAAGGAGUCUAGUUUAAUUGACCUCAAAGAACAUGCAUCUUCAUUAGCCUCUGCAGGGCUGAAAAGGGACUCCAAAUUAAAAUCUCUAGAAAUAGCCAUCGAACAAAAGAAAGAGGAAUGUAGCAAAUUGGAAGCACAGUUGAAAAAGGCACAUAAUAUUGAAGAUGACUCCAGGAUGAACCCUGAGUUUGCAGACCGAAUAAAACAACUUGAUAAAGAGGCAUCUUACUACCGUGACGAGUGUGGCAAAGCCCAAGCAGAAGUCGACCGGUUGCUGGAGAUCCUCAAGGAGGUGGAGAAUGAAAAGAAUGACAAGGACAAGAAGAUUGCAGAACUGGAGAGGUAA